AACGCUACUAGUAUUAGUGACAUAUAGAGGAAACAAAAGUCAAAAGUCCGCUUUGAAAUAAAAGUUUAGGAAAUAGUUAAUUAGACAUCCAGGGAUAUAUGUAUACCAUAUAUAUUUCCUAAAAUCUUUGCAAGUUCCUUCGUCAGAUAGCUCCAUAAAAUCCCAACAUGAUACCAGAUAGGCAGUGGUCAUCAUGGCCGGAAGUUGCCAUCAACAGACCCGACCUCGCAAUCGCACUUCUCACUAUAUUAGCCAUCACACUCGCUAUUUUCUGGUACCAAUCUGGUAAGCCCACGUCGCCCAUGCCACCUGGACCUCGCGGGCUGCCAGUGGUGGGGUACCUUCCAUUUCUAGGCCCUGACCUGCUCCAUGAAUUCACCAAAAUGGCACAACGUUAUGGCCCCAUUUUCAAGCUCAAGCUCGGAACCAAAACGUACAUCGUCAUCAGCUCGCCAGACCUCGCUAAAGCUGUCGUCCGUGAGCAAGACGAGAUAUUUGCUAACCGAGACCCUCCGGUGGCCGCCAAAAUCGUAUCCUACGGUCGCAGAAAUAUAGGCUGGUCUGACAAUAACUCACACCUACGAAACCUGCGUAAACUGUUCAUACACGAGAUCAUGAGCAACAAAAACCUGGAAGCUUCUAGCACUUUCAGGCGAACCGAAGUGAGGAAAACCGUGAAGCAACUGUAUGAAAAAGUGGGGACGGAGGUUGACGUGGGUGGGAUGGCGUUCUUGACGUCCCUGAGGGUCGUCACGAACGUUUUAUGGGGGAACAGUUUGGUUGAAGAUGAAAAAGGCAGAAAUGUUGGGAUUGAGUUUAGGGAAGUGGUUACGGAGGCAGUGGGGCUUCUAGGCGCAGCGAAUAUGUCGGACUUCUUCCCGGUGUUGUCGCGAAUGGAUUUACAAGGCGUGGAGCAAAGGAUGACGGUUGCAUGGAAGAAGAUCGAUGAGAUUUUAGAAAGAAAAAUUGAGGAGAAAAUUGCAAGUAAAACAGAAGACCAACAUGGAAGAAAAGAUUUCUUGGAGAUUUUACUAGAGCUCAAAGAACAAAAUGCUACUACGUCACUGGAUAUUACCCAGAUCAAAGGCCUUCUCUUGGACAUUGUUACGGGAGGAACAGAUACAACAUCAACACUAGUGGAAUGGAUAAUGGCAGAGCUUUUGCAAAAUCCAAAGGACAUGAAGAUCGUACAAGAUGAGUUACAAGAAGUUGUUGGUCUAAACAACAUUGUCGAAGAAUACCAUCUCCCAAAAUUACAAUAUCUAGAUGCAGUGAUUAAGGAAACAUUGCGGUUACACCCUGCACUUCCUCUUUUGAUGCCACGAUCUCCAAAUGAAUCAUGCAAGGUUGGUGGAUACAUUGUCCCGAAGGGUGCAAACGUCUUUAUAAACAUCUUGUCCAUACAUAGGGAUCCUCGAUAUUGGGAUAAUCCUUUGGAAUUUAAUCCAAAGAGGUUCAUGAGUCUUGAUGGUACAACUAAGUUCGAUUAUAAAGGAUACAAUUGGAACUUUAUGCCAUUUGGGUCGGGGAGAAGAAUGUGUCCAGGAGUCCCCAUGGGUGAGAGAAUGUUGGUAUAUUUGUUGGCUUCGAUGUUGCACUCGUUUGAUUGGAGUUUACCAUUUAGCAAAGAGCAUGAUCUCUCAGGUAAGUUUAGCUUGCUACUAAAGAAAAGAGAACCACUUAUAGCUAUCCCUUUACAAAGGUUACCAUACAAAACCCUCUACAUGUAACAUUAACACUAUGUUCUAGUGUAUUAUAAAUUGUCUUACAUAAUAAUUUGUGUAACAUUUGUUUAGGCUUUUGACUCUUGUCGCAUCGUGCAAGUGUCAAGGCAUGUUAAGGCUCGUGUGAUAUAUGGACUACGUUUUGUUUUUGUUAAUAUAUAUGAAGGUACUUAUAUAUAA